AUGUCUGUUAAGGUCCCUUCUGGUCGUGUAUGGCUCAACGCCGAUGAGCCCAACGAUCCCUACCCGCUCUUCUCCACGACGACGAUCCCUCCAAAGGCGCCCGGGGCUAUUCGCAUUUGGGUUGACGGCUGCUUUGAUCUCCUUCACUUCGGCCACGCAAACGUCCUCCGUCAGGCCUCCCGCCUGGGAACGGAGCUUUUCGUCGGCUCGCACUCCGAUGAGGAGGUUAUCCAGCAUAAAGGACCCCCGAUUAUGCACGAGGACGAGCGAUACGAAUCGCUGCGCGCCUGCAAGUGGGUUGACUACGUCGUCGAGAACUACCCAUACUGUACGCGGCUGAAGGAUAUUGAGCGCUUUGAGAUCGACUUUGUGGUGCACGGCGAUGAUAUCUCUGUCGGAUUGGAUGGGCAUAACUCCUACCAGGAGAUCAUCGACGCUGGGAAGUUCAAGGUUGUGAAGCGGACUGAGGGAAUAUCUACAACCGAUCUUGUAGGUCGAAUGCUGUUGUGCACAAAGGUUCAUAUGUUAAACUCAUUAGAUGACGUCGAUGUGCAAAGCUCGAACCCGGAUGCUAUUCAAACUUCCCAUUACCUCACUACCUCGCGUAAAAUUGUGCAGUUUAGCAAUAACCGCCUUCCUAAGAAGGGUGACAAGGUCGUCUACGUCGACGGAAGCUUUGAUUUAUUCCAUGUAGGCCACAUUCGAGUUUUGCAAAAGGCCCGUGCCCUUGGGGAUUACCUAAUUGCAGGUAUUUACGCAGACAAGGAGUGCAAUCGGAUUAAGAAUCACAACUACCCCAUUAUGAACUUAAAUGAGCGCAUCCUUGGGGUUUUGUCUUGUCGGUUUGUUGACGAGGUCGUGAUGGGGGUACCCAUUAUCAUUACAGAGGAUAUCAUCAAAAGUCUUCGCAUUGACAUCGUAGUCAGUGGCAAGUUUCGCGUUGAGGAUAAUUCUAACACGUCUGAAAUUGAUUUGUCUCACGAACUUCCCAAAAAGUUGGGUAUUUAUCGUGAGGUUGAUUCCGAAUGCACAUUAUCAACGGAUACUCUGAUUGAACGAAUUGUCAGAAAUCGCAUGGAUUUUAUUAACCGACAGUCUAAAAAAAGAAUUGCCGACAAAAAGAACGAUGAGCAAAAGCCAGCAGAAUACAGAAACGUGGAAGAGCUUAACUAA